AGGAACCGAGAAUGAAGUCUCGAAAGAUCAGACACCUAAGAAACAGAGCCAACAAAAAGAAGAAAAGAAAACAGAACAAUCGAAACAGAAAAAAUCUAUAGAAAAAUCAGAGGUGAUAGAUAUUAAAUUAAAAGAAACCGAAGAGGUUAAAGCAGAAAUUGAUAUGAAAACAUCAAAAGAUGAAAAAGAGAAAAAGGUAACUGGAAAAGAGAAGGAAAAGAAAGCUGAAAGUAAAGAUCGCAAAAAGAAAGAUAUAGGAACAGAUGUAGCAUUAAAAGAAAACAUAAAAGAAGAGCAGAAAGCUAUAAUAAGUCCAUUAAUUAGUGCGAUAGAAUCUGUUAAAGAAAUUGAUAAUAAAGAUUCGAAGGAAUGUUCGACACCAAAAAAAGAACAAAGAAAGCAGGUGAAGCAGAGAAACAAACAAAAACGAAAAGUGGAAAGAAAUCUAAAAAAGAAGCGGAUAUUAAUCAGAAACCUGUAACUGAGAUUAUCAAAAAAGAAGAGACAAUAAUCGUUGACAAACAAAUUGUUGAACAAAAAAUUGAUGAAAAAAUUAUUAUAGAAGAAUUGGAGAAAGAAAAUUUGAAAUUUGAAUCUGUUGUACCAAAUACAGAACAAUCAGAGAUGAAAAAACAUAAGAAAUCUAAAUCACCGAAAAGAGAAAAAAAAGAAGAAAGUUUGAAAUCUAUAGAACAAAAAGAAAAGACAGAGAAAAAAGAAAUGCAAAAGGAAACGAUAAAAUUAAAAGAAAAAGUCGAUAAUACGAAAGAAAAAUCUAUAAAAGAAGCAAAAGAAGAAAUUGUUAUCGAAGUUGAAGAGAAAAUUAAUGCAGUUCAGGUUGAAGAAAAGAAAGAAAAAGAUACAAUUCUAACAGACAAAAUUGAGAUACAAUCUGCUAUUGAAAAAAUACCUGAAAAGACUAUUGUUGAAGGAAGUACGGAAACAUUUAUAGAAACAAUAAAACAAGAAACUGUAGAAAUAGCAAAAGAAACUGAUGAAAAAGUUGAAGUCAGUGAUACGAAAGGGAAAAAGGAAAUACCUCUUCCUGAAAUUUCAAAAAUAGAAGAACUUGAAAAUCAACCACCAGAGCAAAAGAGUGAAAUGCCAAGUACAUCAUCGAAGAAUAAAAAGUCGAAUAAAUCAAAGGAGAAACAUCCUGUCGAAAAAAUAGCUCCACUUUCUAUAGUUCAAGAGUCAAGUAAACCAAGUACACCAAAGAAUCAACCAAGUACACCAAAAUCCGAUAAAAAGAAAAAGAAGAAACAAGAGAAUAAAGACAAAGAUAAUAUUGAAUCUCCACAAGCAAAACAAAAGACAAUUACAGAAAAAUCUAUCAAUGAUACAAAACCAAUUGAAGAAUCUAUCGAAAUACCUGAUGUUGCUCCCGAAAAAUCUAUUUUUGAAGAGAAAGAAAUAUCAACAACGUUGCAACCUGAAAUAACUCCAAUAAUUGAGCCUGAAAAAGAUCAAAUUAUUGAAUCUGACGAGUCAAAAUCUCUCUCGCAAGACCUGAUUGAAAAACCAAGUACAAAAGAAGGUCCGUCUCUUUCAUUGACAGAAGAGAUUCCAAACGUCACAGACAAUAGUUCGCCAGUCGAAGAAUCAUCUUCGACAUCAUCGGGCAAAGCAUUAAUCAUCGAAAGGACGGUAACCACGGUGACGACUACGACCAGCAUGCCGGGGUCUGUCGAAGUGAAGCCUCCGAACGUGAAAUCCGUGAAAUCCGUAGAGAUCUUAGAAAACAUUUCCUUACCUAAGAUCGUAGGCUCCAAACCCACUGAAUUAAUCACCCUACGUCCUGAAACAGUAGAGGCUAGCUUAACAACCAGAUAUGCUAGGGUAUCGGAUGAUUCAGCUGUUGGUAUCCCCUCGAAAGAGUUUUUAGAUACAUUAGUGGACGAGUCGAAUUUCGAUUAUGCGAAUUAUAUCAAUCUCGUCAAAGACGAUCAACCGAUUUUGUUCGGUAGCGUUCAGGAUAGGAGGAAAGAUCGUUCUGGGACUCCCUUGUCGGCAAAGUCUGUAGAAAACGCGAAAGAUGAACAAGAGGUCGAUGAUUUAAAGGAGGAACAGGGCGUGGAUGCGAAAAUUUCGCAAGAUACAUCGAGCGAAAUCGAGGGUAAGGCUGAAAAGAGUGAAAUGAUAGUUAAAGAGGAGGUAAACGUUCUUGGAGAAACUGAAAGUGAGAAAUUCAAAGAUUCGAGUGAGUUAAUAGUAGCGAAUGAGAAUAAAAGUGUGGAAGAAAAGCGAGAAACGAAUAAAACUGUGGAAGAGCUUCUUUUCACUGUUGGAAAGGGAAAAGAUGUGAAGAAUACUAUGGAAGAAUUGUUGGAAACUGAAAGAAAAGCUAUGGUAAUUGAACAAAAAAUUGUAGAUAUCGAAAAACAAGAAACUGUUCUUGUUAAACUUGAAGAUAGUAAAUUUAAGUUGCAAGAAAUUGAAAAUAAAACAAUUUUGAAUGAAGAAAAGAUUGGAGAUUUAGAGAAACCAAUUGAAGUUCCUGUUAAAAUUGAAACUGAAGAAGUUAAUAGUAAAACAACUGUAGUUGAAGAAAAGAUAGUAGACUCUGAAAAAGGAGUAGAAGUUCCUGUUGAAAUUAAAUCUGUAACAAAAGAAGUUGAGGAUAAAAUAAUUCUGCCUGAAGAAAAAGUUGCAGAAUUUGAGAAACUAAUAGAAGUUCCUAUUAAAGUUAACGAUGCUAAACCUCAAACAGAAGAAAGUAAAAUUAAAGAUAAAAUAGAUUCUGAAAAACAAGAAAGAAUUGAAGAUUCUAAAUCUAAAAUGAAAGGUAUUGAAGAUAACAUAGAUCUGGUUAAGGAAAAGAUAAUAGAUACUGAAAAACGAGAAGAUGUUAUUUCUGUUAAGCUUGAAGAUAUUAAAUCUAAAGAAAUUGAAAAUAAGGCAACUCAGGAUGAAGAAAAAAUUAAAGAAGUUCCUAUUAAUAUUAAAGAUUCUAAAUCCAUAAUUGAAAAAAUAAAUAGUGAAACAACUAUAGUUGAAAAAAAAGAUCUUGAAGAAAAAAUAGAAAUUCCUGUUGAAAUUAAAUCAAUAACGAAAGAAAUUGAAAAUAAAACAGCUCUGUUUGAAGAAUCUGAAAAAUCAUUCAAAGAAGUUCCUGUUAAAAUUGAUUAUUCUAAAUCCCAAGAAGAAAUUAAAGUUGAAGAAAAGAUAGUGGAUUCUGAGAAACUAGAAACAAUUGUAGAUGAAGAUUCUAAAUCUAAAAUCGAAAGCAUUGAAAAUAAAACAAUUCUUGAAGAAAAGAUCAUAGAAUCUGAAAAAUCAAUAGAAGUUCCUGUUAAGGUUAAAGAUUCUAAAAAGAUAGAAGAAGUUCCUGUCGAAAAUAAAGAUUCUAAGUCAAAAACAAAAGAUAUAAAUCCAUAUUAUUUCACAGAUUUAGUUAAACCUUAUUGGUUCAAUUAUCGUCCUUAUAUUAAGGCAGAAAGUGAUUUCUAUAAACAUUUCAAGAUAGUAAAAGUAUUAGAAGAAAAUGUACCUGCUUCUGUGUUACCAAGAUCAGAUAGUAUUGAAAGAAUUGUUCAGGAAUCAAUCAUGAAGAAGCCUAAAGAAGAAGAAAAGAAAAUAGAAAGUGCAGAGCAAUCUGAGAUUGAAUACAGAAAACAUGCAUCUCAGGAAACAAUUCAAGAAAAAUCUAAGGAAACAGAAAAGAAAAUGGAAGAUAUAAAGGAAUCUGAAACAGAAUACAGAAAGCAUGCACUUCAUGAAUCAAUUGAGGAAAAAUCUAAAGAAAUAGAAAAGAAAACGGAAAAUACAGAGGAAUCUGAAGCAGAAUACCGAAAAUAUGCACUUAUUGGAGAAACCCUUAAAUAUCCUAUUAGUACAUUCUAUAAAUUAGAAUCUGAAUGGGUGAAAUCUAAGCUGAUUCAAGAAAAAGAAAUCACACUUGAAAAGGAAAUUAUUCAAAUUUAUAAAGAAGAAAAACUACCAAUGGAAUUAAAAGAAUUAAAAGAGGUCAUACCCACUUUUGUGGAAGAGUCUAAACUAACAGAUGUUGAAGUAAAAUCACCAAUAAAAUUAGAAGAAUUAGAAGUCAAAAAAGAAGAAAUCACAUUCUCUAAUGUAGAGGAGUCUAAUCAGGAGUCUAAAUCAAUAGAUGCUGAAAUUAAAAAGGAAAGUAUCGAAAUUUAUGAAGAAGAAAAACCACCAGUAAAAUUAGAAAAAGAUAAAAAGAUAAUUAAUAUUGAGAAAGAUACUAUGAAAGUUAUUGAAGAAGUUACCACAGAAAUUAAAUCUACAGAUAGAAUUUUAGAUCAAACAGCAGCUCUUAUUGAAGACGUGACUAAAGAACUUGAUAUGAUCAAGAAAGAAGAAGAGCAAAAUAAAAUUGUAACAAAUGUAGAAGAAAGAAAGAAAGAGUCUGAAACUGAGAAAAAAGAACAAGCAUCUGAGAAAAAAAUCAAAAAACGGAAAAAUCAAAGAAAGAAAAGCAAUCAAAAGGUGAGAAAUCAAAGGAUAAGAAAAAGGAGAUUUCAUCGAUCAAAGAACACGAAGUAAUUGAGAAAAAAGAUACUGUUGAAACAGAAAUGACACAAAUUAUAGAACAAUUUACAGAAAUUAAA